AUGGCAUCAAACUUGACCGUGAAAGUACACCCAGUGGUCUACAUGACGAUUGUUGAUUCAUAUCUUCGAAGACAGCGACCUACUAAGGCAGGACAACCUGCAAAUGAUAAAGCGUUGGGUACACUCAUGGGAUUUUAUGAGAAAGAUGCAGUUCAGGUAUGUUUUUAGGU